AUGGAGCAAUCUGAGAUGGAGCUCAAAGAUGCGAGUUAUACCGCAUCCUUGAAAGGUGUGAACUCUGAGGGAUCAAGUGAGACUGAUGUGUUGACGUCGUCCUUCAAAUCGCAAAGAAUCACGAGUGCCAAAACAGAGAAGGCGGAAGCUAUUAGGCAAGCUUGCAGUUCGCGCGAUCUAGAAGCAUUGGUGUCAUUGGCAACCUCAGAAGGCGGGCUGAUGGAAGACGGAUUGCGGCAGAUAGCGUGGCCUAUUCUUUUGCGAUGCGAUGAGAAGUCACGGUAUGGCGAACCUGUUCCAAGCGAUGAGCUCCCGAGGCACGUCGAUGAAGAUCAGGUUGAACUUGACGUGAACCGUUCAUUCGUUUAUUACCCAAAAUCACCGGAAGAAGAACUCUUAAGCAAGAAAAAACAACUUUCCAAACUUAUCACGCAGGUCCUUAGGAACCACCCCAUGCUAUGCUAUUUCCAAGGAUAUCAUGACAUAGUCCAAGUCCUUCUUCUGGUAUUGGGCGAGAAAAUGGCCGUGUCAGCUGUGGCACAAAUAUCUCUCUUUCGCAUAAGAGACUACAUGCUCCCAUCACUCUCGCCCGCAGUGAAACAUCUUCACUUGAUCCCUGCCAUCAUCGAAACAACAGACCCCGAAUUACGGCGACACCUUGGCAACAUCCAACCCUUCUUUGCCCUCGCAGCAACCCUUACCCUCUACGCCCAUGAUAUCCAAGAAUACAGCAAUAUCGCUCGACUUUUCGACUUUCUUCUGGCCCAUGAGCCUGUCGUUGCAAUCUAUCUUUUUGCGGCAAUGAUCCUAUCGAGGAAGAAAGAGCUGCUCGAAAUCCCCGAAAAUGAGCCUGAAAUGCUGCACUUCACACUUUCAAAGCUUCCAAAUCCCCUUGAUUUGGAUGGUCAUAUCCUGAACGCGACAAAGCUCUUCAAAGACCACCCACCAGAAUCCCUGCCGCUUGGUGCUUGGAAACGUAUUCCUUGGUGCAGUGUGCUCAAGACUUCCCGAGACCCAUAUCAAGCCUAUGCAGUAGAUGAUGCAGUAUAUCUGUUUGAUCAACAAACUCGACAGCUUCGCUACGAGGAGCGCAAGAAACAAGCUCUCGACUUUAUGUGGAGCCAUCGUCGCUCUGUCGGCUCUGUGGCAUUGACUAUCCUCGUUGGAGCGGCGUCUAUUUAUCUUCGAAAGAAGGGGUUGGACAAUGCCAUCUUGUCUUAUGCUGGCCGAGUUCAAAAGUUACUUCAGAGGUGGAUCUCUUCUCUUCCAUGA